ACUGAAAAAAGAAAAGAUCCAACGUAUAUUUCUCGAUCGACUCUCCACGAGCACGACGACCUUCUUCCACCGAUCAACGACUCCUUCGACGUCCGUAAUUUUGACAUCAGAGGCUGUACAGAUCACGCGGGUUCUUCAGGCUUUAGAGUGUAUAUACAGUGAAAAGUUACCAGUAGUCUUGUAGCUGGUAGCUGAGUAGCUCAUCAGUGGGAUUGGUAAAAGCUGACAGGAACAUUGUAACCCUAAUUUUAUUGUCACGGGUAUGUGCUUGGUAUUCAUGCACAGUUGUUGAACAGCAUUGCCAUGCAAAACUGUGCUAACGGGGUGUAUAACAAGGAAAGCAUUCGGGAACUGAUGCAAUGUCUGCAUCUAAUAAGUAUGAUCUCACUUCCAGUAGUCCAGAUAGGCCAUUGUAUGGAUCUGCACAGCGUGGAUCCUAUGGAGCCACUUCACUUGACAGAAACAUGGAGAAUCCAAUCUUAUCUUCUCUUCCAAACAUGACAAGAAGUAGUUCAGGUGCAACACAGGGAGAUGUUGUCAAAUUCUUUCAAUGUUUACGUAUUGAUCCAAAAGCAAUGGUAACUGAACACAAACUGAGACAAAUAGAUUUUAAGCGACUUACGAGUCUAGCUCUUGGUGUACCCCUGGAUGAUUCUCCGUCUGUGUCUUCAAAAGGCAAAACAUUAUCUUCUUCCUCACCCGAGGAUGUUAGACGGCUAAAGUUAGGUCUUCGAGAAAGCUGCAGUAAGGCUAGGGAACGUGGGAAGAUAUUCUACGAAUCUUCAUCUGUGUUCCAGAAAUGUUUCCCAAAUGUUCCAUCAAGGAAAAGAUCCCGUUCAGAUGUCUUAUCUAAUGACAGAAACAGUGCCUUGUUUUCAACUGAAAGGUUAGCUUCUGGGACAGGCAUUAGUAAGAUGGGGACUCAAAGCCAUAGCAAUAUGGGUGGCUUUGAAGUAGAGCAGCAAAAGUCAGAUGAAAGGGCCAAAACUGCCAUUCCAAGCAAACGUACCAGAACCUCUAUGACCGAUGUACGCCCAAACACUCCUGCAAGGCCUUCGGGGAAUCUUGAUAGGGAUAGGGACUUAUUGAGGCUUCCCAACAGUAACACUGUUCAGGGUGAAGAUAGAACCCCAACAUCUAUUCCCAUGGAAGGUUGGGAGAAAUCAAGGAUGAAGAAAAAGCGCUCUGGAAUAAAGCCAGAUGCAUCCUUGAAUUCUGCUGCAACUAAACCAAUUGAUGGCUACCGGGAACCCAAGCAAGGAAUGCAGCCACGACUUCUUGCUGAUGCUCGUUCAAGAUUGAGUGAAAGCCACAGCUUCAGGCAUGGAACUAAUACAGGAGGCAUUGGACUGGGGAAAGCUGAUGCUACCUCGCCACAAGCUUCCAUUGCUGUGCGUUCUUCAUUUUCCAAGGCUGAACAGGAUAAUGGUCUUCUUCUCCAUGAUAGAAGAGAUCGCCCUAUUGGUUCAGAGAAAGAAAAGCUAAAUGUUAGAGCUGUCAACAACACAAGCAAGACAACUGCUCGAGAAGAUCUAAGCUCAGGUAGCCCUACCUCUAGCUCAAAGUUGAAUGGAACUGCUCGGGCACCACGAUCAGGUGCAGGUGUUGCACCUAAAUUGGCUCCAUUGGUUCAACGUGCUGCAGCUGCUAAUGAUUGGGAAGUUUCUCAUUGUACAAACAAACUUCCCUUGACUUCUGCAGCUGGUAAUCGUAAACGCACAGCUUCAGCAAGGUCUUCAUCACCACCUGUUGGUCAGUGGGCCAGCCAGAGGCCGCAGAAAAGCUCUCGAACAGCGAGAAGAACUAAUUUUCCUAUUGUUUCCAAUAAUGGUGAAACUCCUGCCCCUGAUAAUUCAGCUGAGGUGGCUGGUAAUGAAAGGCGAUUGUCUGGCUCUUCUCCUCAGCAGCUUAAAUUAAAAAGUGACAACUUCUCAGCUGCGUCUGAAAGUGAGGAGUCAGGUGUUGCUGAAACCAAGUCCAAAGAUAAGAGCAAGAGGUCUGAUGAGGUGGAUGGAAAAGCUGGGUUGAAUGUCCAAAAGAUGUCAAAUCUACUGCUACCACCAAGAAAAAAUAAGUUGAUAGGUGGGGAUGAGCAUGGUGAUGGUGUACGUAGGCAAGGGAGGUCCAGUCGCAGUUUUACUUCCAGUGGGUCCCUCAUGCCUUUAACUGUAGAAAAGCUUGGGAAUGUCGGGACAGCAAAACAACUAAGAAGCUCUAGACAUAGUUUUGAUAAAACUGAGAGCAAACCAGGUCGUCCUCCCACAAGGAAGCUCUCUGAUCGCAAGGCUUAUAAACGUCAGAAGCAAUCAACAAUUAAUGCUGCAGCGGAUUUCCUAGUUGGUUCUGAUGAUGGACAAGAAGAGUUAUUGGCUGCUGCAAAUGAUGUUACCAACACUGCUCAAGCACUUUCCAGCCCAUUCUGGAAGCGGAUGGAGUCACUCUUUCGUUUUAUAUCAGACAUAGAUAUUGCCUUUUUGAAUCAACAGAUAAAUGGUAGAAAUGCCGUGGGAACAGCAGCCCCAGUAACAACUGAGGCAGGCAAGUUGAAUAUGUUUCCAAAUGGUUUUGAGGGAGAUGGGGGUGAAUCAAGGACUGCUGAAUUUAGUGCAGAACAUGGAGCUUCAGGAAAAAUGAAGUCUGCUGAGGUCUCCCUUUAUCAGAGACUGAUGGCGGCUCUAAUCCCUGAAGAAGCAGGUGAAGAAUUAUCUUACACUGGAACUGAAGAUCCCAAGUUCAAUGUUUACCAGCCUACAUUUGAUCUAGACAUGGAUUCAGAAUUGGAUAUGUUCCAUACAAGAACUCUGUACAGCAGUGAUUCAAGACACCCUGCUUCUAAUGGCUAUAGGAAAAAUGCUAAUGGAAAUUCAUUUGACGAGACAGACCAUAGUCUGGAUAGCAAAAUCACGCCUGUUACAGAGACCCAGUUCUUAUCAGACUAUAAUCAUUCCCAAAAUGGCCUACUGCCAGACAAAGCAAUGAUGUCUGAUGUUCUUUGUACUGAUUAUCAGUAUAAUAAAAUGUCAAUAAAUGAGAGACUUCUCCUGGAGAUCCAAUAUAUCGGAAUCUACCCAGAACCAGAUACUGGCAUGACACAGGCUGGGGGCGAAGAAAUUAGUGGAGACAUCAGUAGAUUAGACCAGAAGCACCAGGAACUGGUUUCUGAAAAGAAUGGUAUGCUGCACAAACUGCUGAACUAUGCUGAUAAGACAAGAGUGUGUCAAGAGAAGGACUUUGAACAGCUUGCUCUUGACAAACUCGUAGAGAUGGCUUAUAAGAAAUAUAUGGCUUGUUGUGGUCGCAAUGCACAUGGGAUGAAAAGUGGGAAAAUUGCCAAACAAGCUGCGAUAGCUUUUGUUAAGCGAACAUUGGAAAGAUACCAAGAAUUUGAGGAGACUGGUAAGAGCUGCUUUACUGAGUCCUUAUUUAAGGACAUGUUCCUUUCUGGGAUAUCCCACCUUGGUGAUGGACAAAUAGAUUCUAUUACUGAUGGUGAACCCGGCAGUUCUGGAGAAGCUAGAGCUUCAGCUUCUUUGGGCAAACAGCAGAGCCCGUCCUCAAACCAGGAAAUAUUUGCUGAAGGUAAUGUAGCUUUUGAGGUGAAUAGGGUCAAGAGAAGAGAGUUGUUUCUUGAUGAUGUUGGAAAUAAGAUUGGUACAUCAGGCAUAGGGAGUUCACUUUCAAGCACUGCAAAAGGAAAAAGAAGUGAGAGGGAUAGGGAAGGAAAAGGAAAUAAUAGGGAGGUGCUAUCUAGAAAUGGAUCUACUAAAAUUGGUCGGCCCGCAUCGGGCAAUGCUAAGGGAGAAAGGAAGCCUAAAGCAAAACCCAAGCAGAAAACUACUCAGCUCUCUACUUCUCUCAAUGGUCUAGUUGGCAAGAUACCGGAGCAAUCCAAGCCAACAGGGCCUUCAAUAGCAAAAGCAAGUGAGUUUAGCUCAAAUGGCACUCCCAAGGAUAAGAAUGACUGUAACUCUGAAGAAUUGGAGGACCCCAUUGAUUUAUCUGGAUUACAACUACCCGGAAUGGAUGUUUUAGGUGUUCCUGAGGAUCUUGGUGGCCAGGGACAGGAUAUAGGAUCUUGGUUGAACUUUGAUGAUGAUGGAUUACAAGAUCAUGAUUUCAUGGGACUUGAGAUUCCAAUGGAUGAUCUCUCAGACUUGAAUAUGCUAGUUUGAAGUUGCAUUUGUUGUAUAUUCCUGUUCAUUAUACGCUCACAGAAGAAACCUCGUUGUUGUUGAGAAUGCCCAGAUACAUGUGGGUCAUGCGACUGUUACAUCCAUUAUUAGGGGUAUACAUUCUUUUAAACAAUCGUGCGCAAGUCCACUUUGAGUGAACCCUUCAAAUCCUGUGGGUUUGUUCCUUAAGUUUAUGACUUCGACUGUAAAGAUCUUUUUGUACAACAUCAAAGCUAGUAUCUUAGUUAUAGUGUCUUAGAAAAAGCUGUAUUUUGGUUUUAGCAAUACAGGCCAGGGGACAUCUCUGUAUAUAAGUUAAUUUUCAAUAAAAUAACUCCUCCAUUCAUGCAGAA